AUGGCGCCUGAAAUAUUCUCUCUUGGACAGACGGCCAUUUCAGCCCAUGCAUUCAGUGCAGACCGAACCCAGGUCGCGGCAAGCUUGAACUCCAAUGAGGCCCAGAUAUUUUCUCGUAAAGGAUCUGAAUGGAUUCCAACGGAAACGCUCGCCGAGCACGACAAAGUGAUCACCUCCAUCGAUUGGGCGCCGUCGUCGAACCGUAUUGUUACCGCUUCACAGGAUAGGAAUGCCUACGUAUGGCAGCCUAGUCCCGAUGGCGGCUGGAAGCCUACCUUAGUCCUUUUGCGCAUCAACCGCGCUGCGACGUACGUCCGCUGGAGUCCCAACGAGGACAAAUUUGCUGUCGCGAGUGGUGCUCGUGCGAUUGCAGUUUGUCACUUCGACCCUGAGAACAACUGGUGGGUAAGCAAGCUCUUGAAGAAGCCCAUUCGGUCGACGGUUCUCUCGGUGGAUUGGCAUCCUAACAAUGUUCUUCUUGCCGCUGGAAGUGCGGAUUCGAAGGCCAGAGUAUUCUCGGCAUAUAUCAAGGAAGUAGACGCCAAACCUCCGCCAACCGUUUGGGGCUCCAAACUUCCUUUCAAUACUAUCUGCGGAGAAUACCCGAGUCCUGCUGGCGGAUGGGUCCACUCCGUUGCAUUUUCUCCAUCUGGUGAUGUCCUUGCUUUUGCCAGUCACGAUAGUUCUAUAUCUGUCGUUUACCCUGGCGGCGGUAUUCACAUCGUCAAGAUGACUUCUCUCCCCGUUGUUACCCUCACCUGGACUGCGGAGGACUGCAUCGUCGCCGCCGGGCACGACUGCCAACCGUUUGUGUUCAGCGGAUCUGCCGAAACUGGGUGGCAAGGUGUCGGGACACUCGACGAUACAUCUGCGGUACACAAAUCCGCUGCCCGGCCCGGUGCUGGGGGACCCGGGAGGUUAAAGUUCGGAGCAUUCGCGACUUUCCAAGCAGCAGAUAGCCGGGGUCAAUCCAGCAUCGCUGACGCGAGCGAUACGAAGCUCCCAACUGUUCAUCAGAAUACGAUUACGAGUGUCAGGCCAUAUGAAUUUGCUGGCGGUUUGGUGACGCGGGUCAGCACCUCUGGAGCCGACGGGAAUCUGGUUAUUUGGGAUGUCAAUGAAGUCAGCGCGUUAGCCGGGAAAAUUGGCGGGUUGAGUGUGCGAUAG